AUGUAUACGUCAAUAUUAGAGUAGGUACGUACUUUGUGAAAAAAUACAAAUUGUUUAGUAGUACUCCACAGUUUGAAAGUAGAAUAAAUCAAUAAGUAUAGAAGAUUAAGCUCUCAGAUGCAGUGUUUUAUUGUGACUGGGUCCCUUAUAUUGGGAAUUCUAGCAGUUACUCGAUCGUCUCUCGCCGCUACGUGCACCAUUACAACGUACAAUGAGGACAUCAUUAAAGACGCACAAGCAAAUUGCAGAGAAAUCACUUUAAAUGGAAUAAAUGUUCCAGCCGGAGUAACUUUAGAUUUAAAUUUGAAUCAAGGCACCAAACUCACUUUCCAAGGGACGUUAACUUGGGAAUUUUAUGAAUGGGACGGUCCGUUAAUUAGGAUCAGCGGUACAGAUGUUGAAAUCAAUGGCGCCACGGAUCACGUCCUUGACGUAAGAGGCAAUCUAUGGUGGGAUGGUAAAGGUGGCGGUGGCGGCAAAACUAAGCCGAUAUUUUUCUCAGCAAACGGAUUGAAAAAUUCCAUAAUGCGUAACAUACUUGUAAAAAAUCCCGCCAACCAUGCUAUUUGGAUCGAAGACAGCGACGGAGUUGUAGCUGAGGAUAUCUACAUAGACAGUAAAGAUGGAGAUACUUUAGGUGGUCAUAACACAGACGGUAUUAACGUCUGGAGAUCCAACAAUGUUACUAUUCAACGUCUUACAGUUUACAAUCAAGACGAUUGCGUUGCCAUCAAAUCUGGUACCAAUAUUUUAGUCAACGACGCCUACUGUUCGGGCGGUCAUGGCCUAUCUAUUGGUUCUGUGGGUGGCAGAGAUUACAAUACUGUCGCAAAUGUGCUAGUAUCAAAUUCACAGAUUUUAGAAUCGGACAAUGGAGUAAGGAUUAAAACAGUUUACGGGGCUACUGGGGCAGUUACCAAUGUCACAUACGAAAAUAUAAUUUUAAAGGAUAUAAAUAAAUUUGGUAUUGUCAUCGAAGGCGAUUAUAAUAUAGAUACUGGCAGUCCUACUGGAGUUGCUACUGAUGGUAUUCCAAUUAAAACGUUUACAAUGAAAAAUAUUACUGGCACUGUUAAAAAGUCUGGAGUUAAUAUCUACGUGCUGGUAAAAAGUGCCUCUGAUUGGCACUGGUCUUCGAUUGACGUAACUGGUGGAGGAAAAACUAAGAAAUGCGAGGGUAUUCCAGAAGGAGCCGGUGUUACGUGUUAAUAACUUCCAUAUAUACGAUAAUACGAUACCAAACAGUAUCAUAAAAAUUAAAUUUCUUCAAUUAA